UUAGAUGAAGAGUGCAACAUCAGUUCAGAAAAUGCCGAUAUGAAAAUUGUUUGGCGUCACAGGAAGAAAACAUGGUAGAAAUGUAUUGGAUUGCGUCGUGUGCAUUUCGAUUUAAUAGUUAAAAGUGUUAAUUAUUCUAAUUAUGUGAAAGUAAAAUAAUUAAAUAUAAUACUUUGGACCCUAAGAUUUCAUAACAAGUCUUUUUUAAUAAGAAGCCCCUUUUGCUGCAAUGGUAACAAUCACGAAAUUGGUUCUCAUCGCAGUUAUAUAUGCUUUUUCAGGUAUUUUUACUCCUGUAAUAGCAUCACGUGUAAUUGAACUAUGUGACAGAUUUUUGGAUAUUCAUAAAGAUGGUCAGUGGCUUGUAAUGAUGUAUGCACCAUGGUGUGCACAUUGUAAAAGAUUAGAACCAAUUUGGGCUCAUGUAGCACAACAUUUAUAUGCAACAUCAAUAAGAGUAGGACGGGUUGAUUGUACUAGAUUUACAAGUGUUGCUCGUGCUUUUAAAGUUAAGGGAUUUCCAACUAUUAUAUUCUUGAAAGGUGAGCAAGAAUUUGUAUAUCAUGGUGACAAAACACGAGAUGAAAUAGUAAAAUUUGCACUACGAGUAAGUGGUCCACCAGUUCAAGAAAUAACAAAAACUCAAAGUUUUGACACUAUUAAAAAAGAACGUGAUUUGUACUUUUUAUAUGUUGGAGAAAGAUCUGGGCCAUUAUGGGAAUUUUAUUACAAGACUGCAGAUGUGUUCCAGCCACAUGCAUUUUUUUAUCAGUCUCAUCCAAAUGUUGUUAAUAAACAUGCUCCAGUAGAAAGUAUUCCAGCAUUAUUUGUCUAUAAGGAAAAUUUACAUUAUAAUUUUAGUGAUCAUAAUAUAGAUAAUGCAGAAGAACUAAAUGAAACAGUAUACAAGUGGAUAAAUACAGAACGUUUUCUUACAUUUCCAAAAGUAACAAGAGGAAAUAUAAACCAACUUUUAUUGACAAAAAAAAAUUUAGUUUUAGCAGUAGUAGAAGAAAAUCAACUAGAAGAAGUACCACCACAUAUGAUACGAUUUAAAAAUAUGGUAGAAUCUAUAAUUAAAAGUCAGCGAGAAAAAUAUCAUGACCAUUUUCAAUUUGGUUGGAUAGCUAGUCCAGAUCUAGUCAAUAGUAUAGCAAUGAUGGUUUUACCAUUGCCAAAUCUAAUUGUUAUUAACACUACAACAAACCAUCACCACAUUCCAGAGGAUGAAGCAGAAAAACUGACUCCUUAUGUGAUAGAGUUGUUCCUAGAGCAAAUUCGAAAUGAAAGUGCUCCGCGAUAUGGUGGAAAUAGUUGGUUGAUACGUAUAUAUAGAUCAUGGUUUGAAUUAAAAACAACUCUUUCUGCAAUGUGGAUGGGUAAUCCUAUCCUAACGAUAGUUUUAUUUGGUUUACCGGCAGGAUUUUUAUCAUUGAUAUGUUAUGGAAUUUUUUGUCCAGAUAUUUUAGAUGCAGAUGAUGAUGAAGAAGAUCAGCCAGGAGCAAAUCAUAUGAAAAAAGAUUAAAACAACUGAAUUACGAUAUUGUUUACAUC